CUGAAUUCUGUGAAAACUGAAAUCCAGACAAAGUACUCUGCCACAAUCUGAGGAAAAAGAGAAUGCUUCCAGACAGGAAGAUCAAAGAAGGCUUCAAGGGAAAAUGGCACCUAAACUGAACCUGAAGGAUGAAAAUUUCAGUAGGUGGAAAUGAGUUUCUCUUGGUCCCAGUGACUUGCCGUCGUGGCCACAGAGCAACUGACAGUCCGCUGCAAUGGCUGCAGGAGCGCCCGAAUCUCAGUCGCGAUUCGGCCACUCGGUGAAGGGGCUGCUCACCGAAAAGGUGAAUGCCUGUGGUACCGACGUGAUCGCCCUCACCAAGCAGGUGCUGAAGGGCUCACGGAGCUCAGAGCUGCUGGGUCAGGCAGCUCGAAACAUGGUACUGCAGGAAGAUGCCAUCUUGCACUCGGAAGAUAGUUUAAGGAAAAUGGCAAUUAUAACCACUCAUCUUCAGUACCAGCAAGAAGCUAUCCAGAAGAACGUUGAACUGUCUUCAAAUCUACAGGACCAGCUGAAACACUUGCUGAAGUGAAACAACAUCUGAAAGGCCCCAAAGUGCAUUUCUCAGAGCUGAGGGGGAAAAGCCUUGCUUGGUGCUGCCCAGCUCGUAUUCCCCUCAUUCACUGAGAAGAUAAUUGUUUAAAAAUCUUAUUUAUUUAAUGAAUUAAUUUAGAGUAUUUUUCCAUGAUUCCAUGAUUCAUGUUCUUUCCCUCCCCUCUUCCCUCCCCCUUCCCGGAACCAAGGAGCAAUUCCACUGGAUUGUACAUGUGUCAUUGUCUGAGAAGAGAAUUGUGGUGGGCCACCACUUCUCCCCGCAUCCGGGGGCUUCUCUCCCCACUGACGGGCCACAUUGAAGGCAAAAUACAAACUCGAUGGCCGAACUCAGGAGAACCAUUUGGUUCUGCAUGGGCCGAACUGCUGCCUCUCCUGGAAUUCUUCAUUUACUCCAUUUUAGUUUUAAUAAAACCUAAAUUAAGAGGAA